UCCUAUUACCCCAGAGCAGGAUAAAUCUGCCCUCUCCUAAAAGCCACUCAGAGCGUCUAUAGGACGUGCGCCGGCGGGAGCGGGACGGAGGGUCUCCUGCGGAGCAGCGCUGGCCUCGGGGACCACGGCGGCUGCGUGUGAGGAGCCGUCCCGUGCCAGCACCGGACCCACAGGGACAACCGCGACCCAGGGCAGGCUGCCGGCCCCGGCACAGCCAUGAGCCUGGAGCCCCCCAAGCCAGAGAUCAAAUCAGUCACGAGGGUGACUGGGGGACCCGCCACCCCGCGGAAGGGACCACCCAAAUUCAAGCAGAGGCAGACGAGGCAGUUCAAAAGCAAGCCCCCCAAAAAGGGGGUGCAGGGGUUCGGCGACGACAUCCCAGGCAUGGAAGGGCUGGGAACAGACAUCACCGUCAUCUGUCCCUGGGAAGCCUUCAGCCACCUGGAGCUGCACGAGCUGGCCCAGUACGGCAUCAUCUAGGCAGGCUGUGGCCACCGCCACUCACCCGCCCUAUAGUGCUGCAUAGGUAGAAGCUGCCCCGUCUGCGUGGUGGGGCUCAGCCUAGAGAAAUGUUCAUUAAAACCCAGAACGAGCAUGGGA